ACUCCAAAAACUAGGGUCGAUCGAGGAGAAAAGGGUUUCGUUUCGUUGGUCGUGUACCAUUUUGUUGCCUUGUUCCCCAAUUCUCACUUCGGCGUUCUCGUUCUGCCACAUCGCCGGAGCUCUAAACGCCGCCGUUUCACCCUAAAUGCUUCGCCGCAGACUGCACCACUAGUGGUUGGUUUCCGCCGGUGCUCGCUCGCUCGCUCACUGGCCAACACACAUACACGCGCCGAUGGCUCUUUCACUCGGGAAGCUCACCAUCCUCCUCGGUGCAGGCAUUGCUGGUUCGGUUUUUGCGAAAGAAGGGCGCUUGCCGGAUGUCUCUGGUGUUUUAUCUGGUGCUUGGAAGGUUGCUACGUGGUUCAAAGUCGAUUCUCCUCCAACUGUUAAGAAGCCACGUAAUGAUGCUUUGAUGGCUCAGGUUGCCAGCCUUCAGCAGGAACUACAACGUCUUGGUAGAGAUGGAUCGAUCACUAUUGUAAAUGCAAGUGGAACAGGUGGAAGAAAGUAUGUCACCGUGAUUGUUAUUGUUGUGGUUGGAUAUGGAUACAUUUGGUGGAAGGGAUGGAAGCUUCCUGAUAUGAUGUUUGCAACAAAGCGUGGUUUAUCUGAUGCUUGCACAUCUAUAGGUAAUCAGCUGGGGAAGGUUUAUGAAUCAAUUGAGGAUGCCAAGAAAAAGUUAUCUGCAAAAAUUAAUCGUGUCGAUAAAGGUCUAGAUGAAAGUCUAUCCCUUAGCAAAAAUACAAGGGAGGAGAUCUCUGUAAUACGAAGCGAGGCAGAUGCUAUGAAUGGUGACAUCAAGUCAGUUCAUGUUGCACUUCAUGUUAUCGAAUCUAAAAUCCAAGAAAUAGAAUGGAACCAGGAGGAAACAAAUAAAGGUGUGGAUUGGUUGUGUCAGCGUGCCAAGACUUUGGAAAAAAAUAGCAGGACCCCAGAGUAUAUUCAGGCAUCUUCAUCCAGUUCUUCCAGGCCGUCCAUUGUUGAGCUACCCCCAGAUUCACCCUCUUCCCGGGGUGCACAAUCAGCUUCUCCCUGGCUAUCUCUCGAGCCACCACCUUUUACACCAUCAAGGACUGGAUCCUUGCCUCCUACUCUGUCAACUGAUCCACUAUCUCUGCCGAGUCCUGCUGGGUCUUACCAGAGUAGUCGGAUUUCUAAGGAAAGAAAUCUCUCCAAUGGUACAGAAGCCGAGACCCCUGGAUCUAGUUCUGGCUUGUUUGGGCUGUUUUCAAAUGUUUCUGCUUCAUUUCUAUCAAGAACUCGUAGUGCAACAGAUGCAGUAGUACAAAAAACUCGUACAUAGCAAGAAGAGGCCUGAUUUUUUUGGUCAGCUUUUUAAUGGAUCCCCACUAAGAACAUAGAAUAUUGGACCUAUUGUGGGGGAGAAAAACUUCACCAUUGAGUUUGGCUCCUCAGAAAUUGUAGGCACCUUCAAUUACAAUACAAUUACAAGUUUGUCCAAGCCAAUUUUGCAGAUAUGCUGUUCUGAACAGUUUCAGUAGAUUAUUAUAACUUAAAUAAGAGUUUCUCCAAUAUUCAACUGGGAAAGCCGGAAAAGGUUAAAUUAUUGGGAAUUCCUUGUUCUAGUAGUAUUAUUUCGAGGAUAAAAUACAAAAUCCUGUUUAGAUUCACUUCGCUACUCGUGAUUCUUAGGGUGCUUGUGCUUAUAUCAAUGAACACAUGUUCUAUAAGUGGCUUAUUCAGAAGUUUAUUGAAAUAAGUUUAUAGGUUUAA